AUGGCUCCCAUUCCAUCAUCCGAAUUCGACCUGUCCAAGUGCUUCAAGGGCGAGCAGCAGCUUGUGACCUGGGACAUUGCAUACCGCGCACUAUGUGAACCCGAAACCGCAUCGAGGAGCGAGGCACUGCGUGACUUCCUCACCGCGCCAGAGAACGCCGAGAUCCUCAGCCGGCCCUGGAAACCCUUCGCAGACCCGUCAGCACAGGAGAAGAGCAAGUUUGAAUCCAAGACUGCCCCCAUCAGUGUAACCCCCACCCAGAAUGGCCACUUCAACCUGGACGAGAUCAAGGAGGACAGCCUGUGGCUGUCAAAGGAGGCGCAAAUCGCAGAGUAUGCAGCGCUGCAGCUGGUCGCCCAAGAAUGGCAGAGCCGGUCAAUGGUCCAGCUGCUGAGUGGACUGACCGAAGAAGAGGCGCUGAGUGUGCAAGACGCUGCUGGCCUUGCCAACUUCGGCGCAUCGACCUUCGUCCCCAACUCGUCCAUCCUCUCAACACCACUCGCCUCGAAAUCCACACAGUUCGAUACCCAAGACCAGCGUCGACUGCGCAUCAUCGACAUCUACUACUCUACAUGCGCCUCCAUCAUUCGAAUCAGUCAGCUCCUCAUCUCGUGGGGUGCUGCACCGUACCUGCGCAGCCAGACCAUUUACGGCAACGACUACCAUACAGUUGGCGCUGGCUGGAUCGAAGAGCUUGGCCAGAAGAUCGCAACAGCGCAGAGUACUGGCCCCGCAACAGCGCUGGAUCUGUGCCUUCAGGCUGUCAAGAAGAGGUGUGACGCUCUCGAUGGCGGUUACACGUGGGACGUGCCCGAAUCCAUUGUUGAGCCUGCGUCGGAAAAGUGGGCGGUGGCGCAGACGGUUGAGCUUCUGCAUCUGCUGCAUCUGGCGCAUGUGCACGCUGAUGUAGUAGCCAAGGGCUUCGUGCCCGCUGCGACCAUCGAGGAAUGGCUCACUACGUUCAUGGCACAUGGAUUCUUCCGAGAGUUCCCAGUCACCACUGCUCGACAAGAAUCGCUUGUUCCUGUCAUUCAGUUGUUGACCUCGCUUGUGUCUUUGGCAAUCUUGAAGGUGGAUUCCAUCGUCAACGACCUCGAGACUGGAGACUGCACCAACUGGGAAACAUCGGCCUACAUCCUCAACACUGGUGUUAUCGAGACCAUCACCAACAUCUUCGGUGAAGCUCGAGCAUUGGGACCGAGCCCUGCAACGCCGCCCAUGUUUGCCUGGGCGAUCUUGACUUGGAGGAUUACCAACCGUGCAAGCCACGAAGAACAGGUGCGCGAAGGUUUGCUUGAGUCACCCAAUGCAUCGCGGAGGCCUCAGUCUGAACCGUCUUCAAUUGAGGAGACAGCCAUGGUCAUCAGCCGCCUCGAAGGUUCCGAGCUCUUCGAUGGAAAACUACCGUACCAGGAUCUUGCCGAGGCCAGUUCAGCUGCUGGCGUUAUGGUGAUCCUAGACCAACUCGUUGAGACAGGUUUGUCUGCAUUCGGAACAUCUGUCGAUCAAAUAUCGCGCGACAGACUACGACUAUCACUCUUGCAACUCCUUCGUGCUGCACUUGGGAGUGAGAUCGUGGUCUACAGCCCAGAUCUAAUUGUCACAGCAUACUCGAUCCUCGGAGGCGAUAGAUCAUUCCGCGCAUGGGCGGGCAAGGGAACCGUCCACCACGCUGAUCCGGUAGUGUCCUUCUUCUUGGAGGAUGAAGAUGUUCUCAGGCCGUUGCUUCUCAACGAAGCGCGCCUUCGCUACCCUUAUGAGUCGACGCCUUUCCUCAAGUUCUUCAGUGUCCUCACCCGCGGUGACAAGACCGUCCAGAAUGGCCUCCCGACGUUCAUCGAAAGGCUGGCAGAGACCAACCAGCUGAUGCAGCGACUCCCUAUGGGGUUCGCAGGAUAUGCUUUGACUCGUGAAGAGGAGAACGCGAACUGGGUCGAACUCACAGCAGACCUUCCUUUAUUCUCUUCUGGAUCCAUCUCGAGCUUCCAAGGCCAACGCCGCUUGUUGACCUCCUCUAGCACGCCACGUGGCGAAGGUCUCAUGAUGAUACCUGCAGGCACUGAGGGUAUCAUUGUUGAUGACAGCGACCAGCCAUACGUAGCGGUCUGGCAUUAUCAACACUCCACUCUGACAUACCUCGUUCAGCUGCUCUCAUCGUACCCCAGUGGAAGCGGCAGGGUUGAGUAUACUACUCAAGAGCCAGCCUCGAAAGAGAACGCGGUAGAAAUAGUCGGCCUUUUCGCGGAUCUGCUGCACUCAUCACUCCAGUCGUCUGACGGUAUCUGCUCGGUUGAACUGCUAGAAGCAUUGAGCAUCAGCACAGAUGGUAGCCACGACACCGUCAGUAUCGUGCUUGCGAUCUUCGAGGAAGAGCUACUCCGGUUGUGCCAAGAGCCAGGCAACGAAGUCUCGCUGGAGCUGCUCGUCAAUUGCACCCACUUCCUGGAAGCGCUGGUGCUUGUCGCACCAAACAGGGUCUGGCCGUUCCUAGCGCGUAGCCGACUGCUUGAGGGAGACGGCAACGGCGGUAGCCUUGCAGCCAUCCUGAUCGGUACAGAGAUGGUCCUCGGCCGAUACGACUUCCUCAUUGGCUGUAUACGACUCUAUGACAGACUGGUAACGGAUGCAGUUGACCGUUCUGUCGCCCGUAAGAGCCCUAGCAAAGCACUCAGCCGAUUCAAUGUUUCCAACGUUGCAGAAAGUGGUACUUCUGACAAGAUCAUGAGUACGACCCUCUUCACAUAUGGCCGCACGCUCGCAAGUAUAUACGAGAGCUCAUUGAGCUGGAAGUACACGCGCCCGGAUCACCGCCCAGAGAUCAAUAUCGCAAUUUGCGACGUUUUUACCAGAAUCUUGAAGUUGGCUCACGGUGUAGAUGAUGCACCGCAGCUCUCGACCAAACUCACAAAGCUCGUUGCACCUAUCGCGGAGUACAUUACCAAACUGUAUCUGACUAAAUCCGAAAGCAACCUGCCGACAAACCCCAUCUUGGCGUCACUAGUCAUUGGUGCUGGUUCUGAUGGCUCGACUUUGCUCACAAGUUCGGCUGCCCUCUGGAGGCAACAGACCCAGGCCACCUUGCUUUUCGCCAGCGUCUUGGUGCGAGUAGCCUUGUUGCUCAACAGACCAUGGACACACCUUGAGCAACAACUGUUCAAGGCCACACCACUGCUUGCACGCCUGUACGCAACUAGCGACAGAUGGAAGUCUCCCGUAGUGCAGCUCUUGGAAACUCUCGUCAGGGGCGCUGUUCGCGUUACUGAGUCACAAGAGCCCAACAGCUCAGUUGGUCAGCAAGAGCCGCCUUCUCUGCUUGGCUACCUAGGAUCUCGCACUGCGAAGAACUUCUUGAGCAUACUUUCUCAACUUGACGAACCACUGAGGAUAGUCGAUAUCCAGACAGACGUGUGGAACUUGCUAUCUGCUGUAGUUACUUGCAAACAGCAGUGGUUUUCGCUAUACCUACUCACUGGCAACACACCGAAGGAGACACUACGAUCGAAGACCGAUUCUGCGUCUGCCUCGGGACACAAAUCACUUCUCACAGGAGCCAUAGAGUCCAUCUCUAACAUGAGCCUGCCGACUUCAAACACUGCCAACCUUUCAUGGCCUCUAUACACAGCAAUGCUUGGUUUCAUCACAUCCGCUCAAAACAACUGGUCAUGGGCAAUGGGCGAUUUGCGCAAGCAAAAAGGCCUCACUCAGAAGUUGCUUUCGUUCCUAACCUGGAUGACAAGGCAACCCAAAAAUCUCAGGUCGAAUGCAGAUAUUCUGCAACGCUCGUACCAGAAUCAAUUCGCGUCCUUGGCGUGCGAGGUCCUUGCCAUGUACCUUCACAGUUCGAGACAAUACGGCGAUAUCAGUCCACUCAAGGAUGUCGUCCCUGCGCUGGCAUACCUCGAAGACAAUGCUCUAGAGCUUCCAUCUUAUAAUGUUUCGCUCCACAGUAACCUCAGGCAGAACCUUGAACGACAAUUUCCUGGCGUCACACUGGCCAAUCUCAAGCGGACAGCGUUGUAUCCAGAGUCAUUCGGUCGGAGCUUCUUCUAUGACGUCGAGCUUGCCGAGCAGCUUCUGGACUUCGACAGCAGGUGGGUAGGGCCUCGAGAAGGUACCGGCUUCGUCAACGAAGUCGAAAAGGCAAAUUACAAUUUGGGUCUGGUCGAGUCUCAGGUUCAGCUGCUGCAAAGCUGGAAGCUGCUCGCGCUCGAGCUGAGCCAUGUUGUAGGCAAGGACGAGCGUUUGGUGCAGAUCCUCAUUGGAGUCGUCAGGAGGUCGAUGAAGGCCAAUGCAGAGUCUAACCUGCCUGAGGCAUUAUUUGGCCAGCUCAUGGUCCUCCGUGCCGACUUAGCAUUCGCCCUACUCAAGAAGCUGGUGGAGGCCAAGGUGCACACACCAGAAUCACGACAACUUCUUGCCCCUGUGUGGAACGCUGUCCGAGCUUCCACGCAGGACUUCGACACUGUCUUCUCCGGCGAUGCGGUCCACUACUACCGCUCACUGUUGCGAAUUCUCUAUCUUGCUCUGCAGCCCCACCUCGUCGAAGCAACAGAACAGAACGAAGAGGCCGACUUCCGCUCCAGCUUCCGCGGGACCAUGCCAGCCAGCCACAAGACGUACGAAACCUCCAGCUCCACCCUCCUUCUCGAGAUCCUCUCCGAUACGAUUGCCAAGGGCUUCCGCAGUCUAGCCAACCAGCUGCACGCCGACCCAUCAUCUGUGGCACCCUCCGACUUCGCCCUUCUCACAGCCAUCCUGCAGCGCAUAAUUGCCAUCCCCGAGAUGUCCAAAUGGCAAACGCAAGCCGCGCUCCUCUUCGCAAACAGCGGCACGAUCCGCUAUGCAACCUCAUUAUUCUCCUGGUCGGACCGCCUCACCAUCUCCUCGACCGCCACCCCCGACCCAGUCUACGGCGAACUCUCCCUCCUCUUCUUGCUCUCUCUGUCCUCGAUCCCCGCCCUCGCCGAAACGAUGGCCGUCGACGGCGUCCUAAGCCAACUCAACACGGCAAACCUAACGUCCUACUUCCGGCGCCGGGGCGGAAUGGGACCCUUCGACGCCCCCACGCGCCUCCACUCAAUAUGGACAAAAGGAAUCCUCCCGCUCUGCCUCAACCUCCUGCUCAGCGUCGGCCCACCCCUCGCAGCCGAAAUCUCCGCUUUCCUAAACCAGUUCCCAGAGCAGCUCGCCCGCGCCGCAACCGCCCUGAACCCCACCCCGUCCCACCGCACACGCAGCGUCCGCAUCACGCUGUCGCUUGCCUCGGAAGCGCACUCGCUCGCGCUGCUUGCCGCGAUCCUGCACAACGUCCGCAAGCAGGGCCCCAAGCUGGGGAUCCAGGCCAGCGAGGUUGCGCUGCUGGACUGGGACGGCGACGCCGUCAAGGACGACGUCGAGAGCUGGCUGAGUCGCAAGAGUGCGCUGCGCGAGCGCGUCCUUGCCUGCGAUGAGCGCGAGCUCGACAUGCUGCGUCGGAAGAGGCACGACGGGAAUCUGCUCGAAGAGUGCGUGCUGCUCGAGUUGGAGGAAACAGGCAAGUGCCUGGGCUUGGCUGGAAAGACCGAGUUAAAGUAG